CGCGCGCAGGCGCAUGGGCCGCCGAGGCGACGGGCGCCCCCUCACCAAAAUGGCGGCGCUCCGCCGCGCCCUCCUCGUUCGCUUCCAGUUGGGGUCGUGGGGCCGGGGGGCAGGGCGUUAGCGGGUGGCCGGUGCCUUCAAGAUGUUUGGGGACCUGUUUGAAGAGGACUUUCCCUACAUCUCAGAGAAUCACAUUGAGAAAGGGCCCAAGUCCAAGUGCGUGGAUCCAGAGCCCCCGCUGCCCCGGGGCGUCACCAACCUGAGCGGCAUCCAGAACCAGGGUGGGACUUGCUACCUCAACUCCCUGCUGCAGACUCUCCAUUUCACACCAGAAUUCCGAGAAGCUUUGUUUGCUCUGGACCCACAAGAGCUGGGAUCUUUGGAGGACAAGGAUGACCCCGAUGCCAAGGUGCGAAUCAUCCCUUUGCAGUUGCAGCGGUUGUUCGCUCAGCUCCUUCUCUCAGACCAGCAGGCAGUGUCCACCACCGACCUCACUGACAGCUUUGGCUGGAACAACAGUGAGGAGAUGAGGCAGCACGAUGUUCAGGAGCUGAACCGGAUUCUCUUCAGCGCACUGGAGAGCUCCCUGGUGGGCACCUCUGGCCAUGACCUCAUCAAUCGCCUCUACCACGGGACCAUUGUGAACCACGUCAUGUGCAAGGAGUGUGAGAACAUCAGCGAGCGGCAGUGGCAGGAGGACUUCCUGGACUUGACAGUGGCUGUCAAAAACCUGUCUGGCCUCGAGGAAGCCCUUUGGAGCAUGUAUGUGGAAGAGGAAUUCUUUGACGCGGAAAACCUGUAUCACUGUGGAACCUGUGACAAGCUCGUUAGUGCAGCCAAGUCGGCCCAGCUGCGUAAGCUGCCUCCGUUUCUGACGAUUUCAUUGCUGAGAUUUAAUUUUGAUUUUGCCAAGUGUGAGCGCUACAAGGAGACGGGCUCCUACACGUUCCCUCUGCAAAUAGACCUGAAGCCGUUCUGCGAGCAGAGCGAGCUGGAUGACGCAGAAUACGUGUAUGACCUCUUCUCCGUUAUUAUACACAAAGGCGGCUGCUACGGAGGACACUACCAUGUCUAUAUCAAAGACGUCGAUCAGUUGGGAAACUGGCACUUUGAGGAAGAUGAGUCUGAAUCAGAACCAAAGGUCAGGAGUCUGAAAGACCUUCCAAGUGCACAAGAAACCGACGAUCCGUUGACGGUCCUCAGAAACCUCUUAUCCCAGGAGGAGAAUAAAUGGAUUGCUGUGGACCAGCUGGGCCAGAAACUCUUGGGAAGCCUAGAAAUAUCUUGGAACAAGAAGUAUCGGAAGCAGCACGGGCCCCUGCUGAAGUUUCUGCAGAACCAUCCCGAAGUGUUCCUCCUUAGCUCUGAUCCCAGCAAGGUCUGUCUCAGGAGAGAUGCCAGCCUUCCACGGUCGCCCCUGGCUGAGUUCGAGCAGCCCGGCCCCACAGCCCCUUCUCGAGGCAAGGAGCCUGCUGGGGAUCGCCGGUUGGAGGUCGGUGCCGAAGGCCCUCAUUGGUUUGAUCUGAAUGAUUCCCAAGUGGAACCCAUCCAGGAAGCGGACAUUGAGAAGCAAUUCCAGGGGAAAGAGAGCGCUUACAUGUUGUUUUACCGGAAGGCCCAGCUGCGGAGGCCUCCUGAAGCUCAGUCCAACCCGAGGUACAAAGUUCCGAGUCACCUACUGAGGGAGGUGCAUGAGGCCAACAGUGAGCUGCAAAGAAAGAGGGCAGACUACGACUUUGUGGUCAACCACCUGGAGCUGCAUCUGCACCUGGGCCCUGGCUACGAGUUUUAUGAUGGGGCCCUGCACCCCUCUUCCUCCAGAACGGAGGAGUGCGUGGUGGACUUGACCAUCGACAAAAGGAGAACCGUAGGUGAUCUUCGGCAGGACGUCCUUCAGCUCCUGGAAUUCUGGGAAGGGGAUCUGGUGCUCAGCUUUGCCAAGCUUGUGCCUGCAGGACUCCAUGUUUGCCAGGCUCUCGAAGGAGAUGAACUGACAUUGCAUGAAAUUGAAAUGACCGAUGGGGAAGACAUCUUUGUGUGGAAUGGGAUGGAGGUUGGUGGGGUCAAGAUUCCAACUGGGGAUGACGCAGUUCCCAUCCUGUUGAAUAUCCUUCAGCUGACAAAUAGCAGUGAUGGAGAAAGGGGGCAACCCUUUCUCGAAACCCCCCACGUGUUUCCUGCCAAUGCCAAAGUGGGCACCAUAUUCACAGCCUUCGCCUUCUCUCCUGGCAUCCUGCUGGUGAACAUCACAGGCUCUCGAGUUCUUGAGUUGGAGAACUGGAUUGUCAUUCCCAAGGAGAACUUGGAGAAGACAUUCAAAGAGCAAGGCCUUCAAGAUGGCAGCUCCGUGUGGAUAGUGUCCUCCAGCAGCUAUGACCAAAGCUUGAUGAUGGCUGGAGGCAGACGGAUGAAUUCUCUGAGCAACUUCAACUGGAUGCAGGUGAAAAAUCUGUGCCAAGCCGAUUCUGAGGAGGAGCAAGUGAAAGUUUCUGCGACCAUUGAAACAAUGCUGCUGGAUAUUAGAAUCAAGGCCAUCAAGGAGCUGGGAUUGCAGGAGGAGCUGGUUAAUAAUAGCUGCUUGAGGCUGAUUGACAGAAAUGGGCAGCUUCUUUCUCCAGUGCCAGAGACUUACACUGUGGCUGAAGCAGAGAUGGAGAUGGGGAGUUUGUUGGGGCUCUGUCGUGGGAAAGCACCGACUUCCUCACAGCUCUUCCUGUUUUUCACUGUGGGCUCUGACUUUGAGUCCGGCCUGAUGCUAGAGAUCAUGGUGGAGGCGACCAUCUCUGUGAGUGAAUGUUUGAAGCUGAUGCUGGAGAAAGCUGGUCUACAAGGUGACUCAUGGCAUUUGCGAAAAAUGGAUUGGUGCUUUGAAGCUGGAGAGCCUUUAAGUGAGGAAAACGCGUCCUUGAGUGAGCUCAUGAUCCUCAGCGGGGACACACUGGUCUUGUCAGAAGGGAAGCUGCCACCCAAGGGUUUCCUGAAAGUGCCCAUCUGGUGGUACCAUCCCUCAGCUCCCUCUGGAUGGCAGGAGAGUCCCCAGGACCAAGUGAACCACGUCACUCACCAGGUGGGGGCUUUGAGAACCACCCCUGAAGGAGGCGAUCUGCAUGGAGAUGUUCUGGAAGUUGGCCAGCCCGAAACACCAUUGACUUUUGUGGGUGACGUCGAGAUCUCAGAAGAGGCUUCUGUGGCGGAGCUCAAGCGUCAGGCCAUGAUCUUGCCAUCUUUGCUGGAGCUCAGUUUUCCAUCUGCUGACUUUCUCAGAGCCUGGACCAUGGAAAGUAAGCGUCCAGGCAGGCUUUUACGAAACAACCAGCAACAACUCAAGGAGUACAAAGUGGGAGGGAGAACUCAGAUUUGCAUAGAGCCUCUUCAGAAAGGAGAGAACUUGGGCCCCAAGGACAUGCUGUUAAGGACCCAGAUGGGCAUCCCUGGGGAGCGGGCCUACUACCCCACUGUGGACUUUGUGUGGGACAUCAUUAACGAGUGCACGGCUUCAUCCUUGCGGCAGGCUGUGGCUGCCCAUUACUGCCUCUCUGUGGACAACAUUGAGAUCGCCAAGUACUUCCCGGAGAAAUUUGAAUGGAUGCCCAUCUCUAGCUGGGACCAGCAGGUUUCCAAGAGGAAAAAGAAGAAAAGGCCCGAGAAUUUGCAGAUGGCCCCGUAUUACCUGAAAGAUGGAGAUAUUAUUGGAGUGAAGAACCUUCUGGUGGAUGACAACAGAGACUUCAGUACCCCAAGAGAUGAUAUUGGAAGAGAGAAUCAGAUCAAGCUCUUUGUGGGAAAGAGGAGAAGGCGACAAGCCGUCCAGCUGCAAUGUAGUGACCACUUAGAGAGCAGUACGACUGAGACUGAAGCACAGCUGCCUGAGAAGCCGCACAGGCCAGAGGCCGGCCUUUCCAUCAACGUGGGCGUUUUCAGAUAGCGCCAGAGCAGGGCUUUGCAGGAGGCCAGCUGUGACCCACCGCCUGACUGACUCCCAGGAGUCUGUGUCAGGUCUGAGUGGGAGGGACGGAGGGAGGACUAGUGAGUGUGGGACAAGGAGGCGUCUGGGGCAGCACGGCAGGAGUUGGCUCUUGGGACAGGAAUGAUCAGUUCAUUCAGGGAAACCAGUGGGAUAGCUUUGUCCCUCCAAGGACAAGACCGGCUGGCCGGCAAGUUGGCCAGCAGUGUAGACAGACCCAAGGCCCUGAAGACUCUUGGCCAAUGGAUCUCCAUCACCAGUGGUGAGAUCCUUCUCUGCCUCCAGCGAGGUAAAUGCACUUUAUCAGUAAUGACCCACCAUGUGGAAACAUGCCAUUCUGUGACAUUCUCUUUGAGGACCUGAGGCCUUGCUGUGCUUGGAGGCCCCUAUACAACUUAGCUCUUUGGCGAGAGAGAGUUUGGGAUGUUGGCGUUCUUAGCUCCCCACAGGAAAACUGGAGGUUGGUACAAACCUGUUUGGAGCUCCCUCUUCUCUGUGGCUGCUUAGUCCUUUUCCCAGAGUCUCUUCAGACUUUUUGGGACACUCCCUUAAGAAAGGUUCCAGAGCAGAGGGCAGUAGCAGCCGCCGCUGCCCUGCCCGGUGCUGUCAGACACUUUUUUUCUUUCUGUGUUUGAUACUGUCCAUUCAUCUGUUUUUCCCCCAUAAUAUUUCUUUUACACGUUUCCUUUUGAAGUAAGUUUAAUCUGUUAUCUUAGGGUCAUGAUACUGUAGUCGUUGACAUUUAAAAAAUAGGGCUAGACAGGAAUCAUCACUUGGAGAAUGAAACGGAUAGUUUUCUAGCCUCCUUGAAGGUCAGAAGUGACACCACCAAUGUUCCAUAGCGUGGGUUUGUUUCCCUGUAGCAAUCUGUGGGUGUGUUUUAAAAAAUGUUUUCCACUCUUCUUCUAUUCUGGAUGCCUCAGUCUCCCUGGUUAGCCUCCAUUCCCAGCCUUUCGGAGAAUUCAGAUAAGCCUCUUGUUGGUUUGGUUCAUCUGAACCGCUUCCUCAGUUAGUAGUACUUUGAUGUUCAGUGUUCUGCUUGGCUGAGUUUUGACAUUCUUCUACGGCAAAGACCGGAAAUAAAGAAUGUAUGAACAA